GUCCUCCACUGACUAGGCUUGUUUUAGCACCAAUUACUUAGAGCAUGUGUAUUCAGCGCCGCGGGCCUCUUGACCCUAAUGUGGAGUAGUGCCCAGUUGUCAUCUCAUUCCCAAGCUGCUGCGCUCCUACCGUUGACAUUCAAGCUCUCUACUUUUUUUCCCUCCAUCUCCAUAUAGAAAGACCGAAUGAGCUCGUCAAGGCACUUCCAUCCACACAUCUACAUCAUCUUAUAGUACCAAGAUAUCGCAAAAGUUCGACAAAACCAGGCGGAUAUACACUACUCUAGUCCUGUGUGCUAUCUUCUACUGCAAGCUUCCCACGAAUGCAUAUAGUUCGGCUCGGAAGCCGCAUAUUGAUAAGACAAUGAGCUUAAAUCCCCGAGACGCAGUCUCAUCCGCUGAGGGCGAAAAUCAAGUUGCGUUGUCCGAAGUGCCCAACAUGCAAAAGUCAAGUACUUCCCAGGACGACUUCCCUGUACAGACGCCUACUCUGAGUAGUAGAAUCAAGAGGAGGAUUUCCGAACCUGUUGCCGCAGCUUUCGUGGCCGGGGGGGUGGCCGGGGCCGUAUCCAGGACCAUUGUCUCCCCACUUGAACGUCUCAAGAUCCUCCUACAAAUACAAAGUGUCGGGCGAAAUGAAUAUAAACUAUCGAUAUGGAAAGCGCUGGUGAAAAUAGGCAAAGAAGAAGGCUGGAAGGGAUAUCUGCGGGGAAACGGGACCAACUGCAUCCGCAUUGUGCCGUACUCCGCCGUCCAAUUCGGAAGCUAUAAUCUCUACAAGAAAUUCGCAGAGCCUUCUCCUAAUACAGACUUGUCCCCUAUCAGGCGCCUCUUAUGCGGAGCUGCUGCAGGGGUUACAUCCGUGACCGUGACCUAUCCUCUAGACAUAGUCAGAACUCGGCUUUCUAUCCAGUCAGCCUCGUUUGCGGCGCUCGGCCAGCGGGGAGCAGGGGAGCCAUUGCCGGGCAUGCUUACAACGAUGAUCCUAAUAUACAAGAAUGAAGGUGGAAUAGUAGCAUUGUAUCGGGGGAUAAUCCCCACAGUGGCUGGUGUUGCCCCAUACGUUGGCCUCAAUUUCAUGACAUAUGAGUCGGUUCGCACUUAUCUCACCCCGGAAGGCGAAACAACGCCGAGUUCCGUUCGUAAAUUGUUAGCCGGGGCAGUUUCCGGGGCAGUGGCUCAAACCUGCACGUAUCCAUUUGAUGUUUUACGUCGACGAUUUCAGAUUAACACAAUGUCGGGGAUGGGAUAUAAAUACACAUCGGUUGUAGAUGCUGUGAAAGUUAUUAUGGCCGAGGAAGGCAUACGAGGCCUAUUCAAAGGAAUUGUUCCAAAUCUCCUGAAAGUGGCCCCAAGUAUGGCCAGCAGCUGGCUCAGCUUUGAGCUGACAAGGGACUUCCUUGUUAGCAUGGGCGAGAUAUGAGAAUACAACCGCCGUACAUCUUAUCGCGUGGAUAAAUUUCUCCCGUCAACAAGAACAGAGAUCACCGAAGACACAUAGACACAGUGGGGGAAUAAAACCUGCAAAUUCUCCCAUUGGAACGAGCAGGACU